AUUAGAUUUCACCUGUAUUCAUUGGUGGAGAUGAGUGAAACUGAUCAGUAUUUCAUCCUCAAUGGUCAGUUUCAGUUCAAGUGGACUGACGCAACGUUAGUGUGGAACCGAACCGAAUAUCAUGGAAUUGAGGAGCUAUGCAUUCAGCAAAGGAAGAUCUGGCGCCCUGACAUAUUCCUUACAAAUACUCUGACCACAAGGCAGCAUCUGGGAACCAGAGAUAUAUUCAAGCUGUCAUGUACGACAGAUGUUACACUCUUUCCCUUUGAUACACAGGAAUGCGAAAUGAUUGUGUCUACUUGGAACUCACCAUCGACUGAAUUACUUUUUACCCUUUAUUCAGAUUCUGUGCAGCUCGUUUCUUUUGUGCCUAAUGGACUGUGGGAAAUUUCAAGCGUAUAUGCCUUGGUUGAAAAUACUGCUGCACAUGAACUUCCUAUCUGUCGCAUCGUCUUUAAACUUAAACAUCGUCCAACAUACUAUUUGGUGAAUCUCCUAGUGCCUUUGGUGUUGCUGUCAGUCAUUGGCAGUUUAGUCUUUCUGUUACCUGUUGAAUCAGGAGAGAAGACAGGGUUAUCAAUGACUGUUCUUUUGGCCUAUGUGGUGUUUCUCGCCCUGUUGUCCGACCACUUGCCCCUAAGCUCUCUACAAACAUCCAUCCUAACAAUCUAUAUAUCAGCGCUCAUCGUUCUCAGCUGUAUGUCACUCGUUUGGACUGUUGUUGUCAUCAACAUUCACCACAAGCCAGAUCACGUGCCUGUUCCAAGACACAUGCAACUGUUUGUGAACUGCAUGACGUGUACAAGAAAUAGGACAUUUUCAAGUUCUAAGGUAUCACCUGUCAAUCCACGAAUGUGCAACAGCAAAACCUCAGACUCUUCUGCAUCGAUUCCCACAAUAAGCAGCUUUGUGGCAGGGACACAUCACCCAGCACCAGGUACCACAGCAGAUGACAGACAGGCAUCAUGGCAAGAGGUGGCAAGAGCCUUGGAUAGACUUUUCCUCAUACUGUUCAGUGUUGCUGUGAUCAUUUCAACAAGCAUCUAUUUUGGAUUGACUCGUUAAGCAUCCAUCAUAGAUAUGUGAGAAUUUGUGAUCCGAGGAUAAAGAGGAACAGCUUCAACGAUGCGUUUUCGUUGGCAUUUUGUGGAAAGAUUAUUGACCAGGAACAUAUAGUUAUGUCAAUUUUUAACACUUAUUUAAUCAUAUUUUCCAAGACAAACACUUCCAGUAGUCAUCAUACUGAAUGGUUUAUAAGACAAAUAACGUUUCCACCAUCCCUACUAUAUUUCAUCCUUAUGCUAGAUUGCUAUACAGCUUAGUUUUAAUAUGCUUAAGU